AUAAAAGCUGCAGGUGAAAUCCUCGCUCGGCUCAGGUAACAUAUGUAUAUCGAUAACUUUUAACUCAUACAGUCAUAGUAGCGCCAAACACGGCGUUGUUUCGAAGUUUUUUUUGUAUUAGUUUUUUUCUGUUAAAUUGUUGAUUUUUGUGUUCCUGCGAAAAUGUGUGAUGUCCGAAAUCUAAUUGACCUGACCGAAUGGGAUGAGCCCACCAAGGAGACGUUGCACGAAGAGCCGGAGGACUCUGUGGUGGCCACCAACUUUGACGUGCCCUACGAUCCCUUCGAUCUGAUGGAGAAGGAAGCUUGCAUGAAGGGCAUGACCUUGACUUCGCAGAUCAAGGAAAAGGUGUCCAGUGCCGAACGACAGUAUCCGGAUCUGGAGAGCGAGAGUCCUCCAGUUUGCAUGCAGACGGACACAGGAUCCCAACCCGGAUCAGGAGAAACAAACCAAAAGCGGCGCCCGAACAGCUCGUUCCAGAAGAAGCUCCUCAAACAUAAUGCCUCACGAUCCUUGGUUAACACACCACCCCACAGUCGAUCCAAAACGGAGUUUGAGAGAACAAUCCUGAAUGAAAACCUGCAGAUGCUGGCAGAAGAGUCGCCAUUGAAGCUCAUUCAGGACGACGACGUCCUGUCGACCAGUAUCAAUUUCGAGGAAGACCUCAAAAUGCUACGUAUUCCAAUCCUAGACGCGCUAAACAAUGCAGAACCCAAGGCUAAAGCCGAAGAAAACCACGAAAAACUUGACAAAAUUGAUGCCGCGCGGCAUGAAAGUCAGGAAAGUCCACAAACACCAAUCGAAGACCGAUCAAAUGGCAAGAGUUUGAGCGAACUCUUGGAGCAGCUGAAGAUCUUGGCACACGAGCACGUCGAGAGGUCCAAGUGGCAUCUGUUUGACAUGGCAAUUGAAUCCAUUGCAGCGGUCAUCUUCGGACCCGGUGGCUCUUGUCCAAAAGCUAAGGAAGCCGAACCAUCUAUACCAUCACCAUACUCAUACACCCGCCAAGGAACAUUCGAUCUCGAACUUCAAAGUAAAAAGACAAUACGUUCCUUGGAUGCUAACCACAUACAGAAGGAGGAGAUCGAUGAACCAGGCAGUAAUGUACAAAACUUUCCCGAUGCCAUGGUCUCAUCAACAGCGACAUUUGAUGGUGAAUCUCGUCUGGAACCAUUUGAUAAGGACUUGCUUCCAGCACUACCAUCGAUACCGUCCGUGUCAGUAGCCAGAAAGGAGCCGUUUAUGACGGAGUUGGUCGACGAAACACUCGCUCAGCAGAUCAACGAGCUGCUGGAGCGGCACAAACUCGCAAACACUGGGAUCACGGAUCAUAAACAACUUCAGGGAGCUGAUCCCAGGACAGUCAUACUGUUGGUGAACCCCAGCAACUACAGCAGCACUGAGGUAGCAUACAGCAACAAAAACGUUGCCAAGACCAAACCAAUGCCUCUAUGUGAGUCCAACGUUUCUAUGCGCCGUCGAUCAUCGUCACUUUCCAUUCAGGACAAGUCAAAGCUGCCCAGGGAAGUCCUGCGUUCUGAUCGCCAGGUGGAAAAUCUCCCGCCGCCCAGGGAGGUGAAGAAGACAGCCGCUGUUGGACCGAUGGGCGCAGCAGCGGCCUUUCGCCAGAGGAGCAACUCCUUCUCCACGCCCAGUAAUCCGUCCACAAAAGCCUACGAAAGCAGGCUCACUCUAAUGAGCAGCCGCAUGAGGAACCCAUCCAUAAACGAAUCGGUGGCCAAACCCUAUGGAUCUGUCAAGCCGAUGCAGUCCACUAAGCCAGUGGCGCCUAUUAUGAAGGCAAGCAACGAGUCUACCUACUUGAAUCCGGUCCAUCCACGUGUACCCCAGACGCCCAUAUCAUCGAGGACCAAGACCGGCCAAAAGAUAUCCUGCACGAGCACACCACUGCCACAAAUGCGCACCCAGCAGCGCAGAUCCCUAAUGCCAAUGGCCAUGGCUGCAGGAUCUGGAUCCCUGUCAAAUACCUCCUAUUCGACGCCCAGCAUAAGGGGGCCGAGCUUCUGCAAGAAGAGCGGCUCCGGAUAGACAUUGUACAUUGCAUAGGAGUGGGGAGCACUUUCUUAGCCCGUGGGCGGUGGCGCAAUGUCGCCUGAAAGUGAAUUAAAAUGUGAUGUCUGAGGUCGACGUUGUUAACCUUGAAGAUAAACCGACAAUGUGAAAACGGCUUGGCUAUCUCCCACCAUAUUUUUGUUUCGUUCAUUUGUUUUUGGCCGACGCCACAAGAUAAAGCGAACUGAUAUGCAGUCUGCACUCAAUACAAAACUUUACCAAAUUAGUUUGCGUUUCGAAACGGAUUAGCAGUGUAGCCUAUCCUUUAUAUUUACUUUUCACUUGAACUGAUCGAACUAAUUAGUUUAAUUAUCUUUGGGAAUGCCCACCUACCACCCACUAAGUUACCUGCGAACUCACUGCUUGAAAUCCCUUUUGCUAGUCCUUAUGGUUUCGAAAUCACACUGAAGUAGAGUUUACCAAAGAAGAGUUUAUAAAGUUAACCACUUAUUUGGCAGCAUAUUACAAGAAAACAAAAAUUGCGUUUAAGGCAGGUUAAGCCGUGAAAGCACAAGUAUACUAUGUUUUAAGGAUUUGUCGCUCAUGUAAUACCUAGAAGUAGCUAGAUAAGCAGCUUGUAAAGCACACUCUAUUAGUUUUCCAUUUCGCAGCGGUCUUGAAAGACCACUGAGGAAUAAUUCAAUAAAAAGAGAUUAUCAGUUAAGAA